GAGGAGGGGGCAGGAUGGCUUAGAAGCCUCUGGCCGGGCCGCGCCGGGAGGAGCUCCGGGCAGACUCGGGGGCUGUGGUCAUGGCCGGGGCCGCAGAGUCCCCUCGAGGGCGCCGCCUCUGAGGGAGGCCCCGAAGUUAGCAUCAGGGGGACUUGGAGGCUCCGAUCUCAGCAAAUCUGAGACAUAAAGGAAGGAGACAGGGAGAUCAAAAGAAAAAAGCACAGACUCUGCUUCCCGUGAGCAAGAAUCCAGACAGCAGCUCUUCCAGUGCAUCCCAGCUAUGGCUGGCGAUUCUAGGAAUGCUAUGAACCAGGAUAUGGAGAUUGGAGUCACUCCCAGGGACCCAAAGAAGAUUCCCAAACAGGCCCGCGAUUACAUCCCCAUUGCCACAGACCGCACUCGCCUGCUGGCUGAAGGCAAGAAGCCCCGCCAGCGCUACAUGGAAAAGAGUGGCAAGUGCAACGUCCACCAUGGCAACGUGCAAGAGACCUACCGGUACCUGAGCGACCUCUUCACCACCCUGGUGGACCUCAAAUGGCGCUUCAACCUGCUUGUCUUCACUAUGGUCUAUACCAUCACAUGGCUGUUCUUUGGUUUCAUCUGGUGGCUGAUUGCUUACAUCCGGGGUGAUCUAGACCAUGUUGGCGACCAAGAGUGGAUUCCUUGUGUUGAAAACCUCAGUGGCUUUGUGUCUGCCUUCCUGUUCUCCAUUGAGACUGAAACCACCAUCGGGUAUGGCUUUCGGGUGAUCACAGAGAAGUGUCCAGAGGGCAUCAUACUCCUGUUGGUCCAGGCCAUCCUCGGCUCCAUCGUCAAUGCCUUCAUGGUGGGUUGCAUGUUUGUCAAGAUCAGUCAGCCAAAGAAGAGAGCAGAGACCCUCAUGUUUUCCAACAACGCAGUCAUCUCCAUGCGGGACGAGAAGCUCUGCCUCAUGUUCCGGGUGGGCGACCUCCGCAACUCCCACAUCGUGGAGGCCUCCAUCCGCGCCAAACUCAUCAAGUCCCGGCAGACCAAAGAAGGGGAGUUCAUCCCCCUGAACCAGACGGACAUUAACGUGGGCUUCGACACUGGGGAUGACCGUCUCUUCCUGGUGUCUCCACUCAUCAUCUCCCACGAGAUCAACGAGAAGAGCCCUUUCUGGGAGAUGUCUCGGGCCCAGCUGGAUCAAGAGGAGUUCGAAGUCGUGGUCAUUCUAGAAGGGAUGGUGGAGGCAACAGGCAUGACUUGCCAGGCGCGGAGCUCCUACAUGGAUACGGAGGUGCUCUGGGGCCACCGGUUCACGCCCGUCCUCACGCUGGAGAAGGGCUUCUACGAGGUGGACUACAACACCUUCCACGACACCUACGAGACCAACACGCCCAGCUGCUGCGCCAGGGAGCUGGCCCAGAUGAGGCGCGAAGGCCGGCUCCUCCCGAGUCUCCCCAGCCCGCCCCUGCCGGGAGGCUGUGCAGGCGCAGAGCCGGCCCCGCAGGCCGAGCAGGGGGGCGAGGACGAGCCUGAGGGCCUGAGCGGUGCCCGGGGGAACAGGGGCUCGGUGUGAGCACUGCGCCCCCCCGCCCCCCGCGGGACGACCUGUGUGGGCACAGGGCCUGCGGCAGAGCUGGAGCCGGGAGGGGGGUGCCGGUCGAGCCGGGUGGGGGCGCAGGGGCCGCCAGGCUCUGCAGGGAGGAACAGUGCAUCGGUCCUGCAGCCUCCCCGAGCGGGGGGCCUUUGCCUGGGUCCCCGUGGCCCUGCCGCCUCUGCCCCUCCCCACUUGUGUCAGCGCCGGCUGAGGGCCCGGCCAGGAUGGGUGUCCCCACAGGGGCGGUGACAGGGCGACCUCUGUCUUCACACACCCUUCCCUCUGCCAGCGGCCAGGUCACCUCCAGCUGCCAGCCGCCCCCCGCCCCGGGGGCUGACACGUCGAGGACCUUCCCCCCACCCCUCAUUCCUGCCACCCCGAGGCCCGUGGCGGGCUGUGGUGCAGAUUCUGCGGGCGGUUCCCCUCGGCUCGGGACGACAAGGCCCUUAGUCAAUGGUCGGUUGUCAUCUGCGGAGCAUGUUGUCUCCUCUGCUGUGUCCUGCGUGUCAAGGGCAGCCCACCAGGCCUCCCUGGGGUGCCCCGCAGAAGGCAGCCGGCUGCAACGCGCCCAAGCACAGGGGCCCUCACCCCCUCUCAGCCAAGGGGGGACCCAGCACCGCUUCCCGUCCAGUCCUGGUGGCCCCAGACUCUGAAAAGACCCGUCUCCUUCCCCAGGGCUCUCUGGCGGCCUCGGCCUGGGGUGAGAUCCAGGGAGGAAGCUGGG